UCUGGGUUGCUUUGAGCCUGAUGUACUGUGCUGGCAGAAGUCGCUCAGUCGGUGCGAGUGAUGCUGUGGCCGGCGAUCGUGGCGCACUGUUUUUCCCCAGGCACUGUCAUUGUGGGUGAGGAAGCUAAGAUAGAGUGAGUCAAGGACCACCUGGGAAGGAAUCUCCUCGGGCAGCUUUCAUUUUCUAAGUGGAUUUUGUUGAUUGGAAUACAGGUUGAAAACUUGAAAGGAUCAUGCUUUGUCCCCUGAAACUGAUUGUGAUUCCGGUGCUCCUGGCCCCUGUAGGUUAUUCACAGUGCCUGCCAGACUUGACUGAUUCCUCCCCUAAGCUGAGAGUGCAUGUGGGUGAAUCAGCCUUGAUGGGAUGCGUGGUCCAGCGCACAGAAGAGAAACGCGUGGACAAAGUAGAUUGGCUAUUCUCGAAAAGUUUACAUGUUGAGAAUGAAUAUGUGCUAUACUACUAUUCCAACCUCAGCGUGCCUACGGGGCGCUUCCAGAACCGGUCACAUUUGGUGGGGGACAUCUUACGGAACGACGGUUCUCUCCUGCUCCAAGAUAUUCAAAAGGCUGACGAGGGAAUCUACACCUGUGAAAUACGCCUCAAAGAUGAGGGCCAGUUGUUGAAAAAGUUCAUGUCACUGUGCGUGCUACCAGAGGAGCCUAAAGAGCUCAGAGUUCGUGUAGGUGAUCAAACUCAGAUGAGAUGUUUUUUCCAGAGCACAGAAGAGAAACGGGUGACCAAAGUAAAGUGGAUGUUUUCUUCAGGAAAGCAUGCUGAGGAGGAGACUGUCUUGUCCUAUGACUUCAGCAUGCCUAGUGGAAACUUCCAGAGCCUGGGGCGCUUCCGCAACCGUGUAGACCUGACAGGCGACAUCUCCCGCAAUGAUGCCUCUAUCAUGCUUCAAACAGUGAAGGAGUCUGACCAAGGCGUGUACACUUGCAGCAUCUACCUGGGAAAGCUGGAGUCCAGGAAAACCAUUGUGCUGCAUGUGAUCCAGGACGAAUCUCAAAGUUCAAUUUUACCAACUACUUCAACUAAGGGGAGUCAGAUGGGGAUCCUGGAUGGAAAUCAGCUGGUGAUCAUUGUGGGGAUCGUCUGUGCCACCCUCCUGCUGCUUCCGGUUUUGAUAUUAAUUGUAAAGAAAACCAGGUGGAAUAAAGGUUCAGUAAGCUCUAUGGCUUCUGUGAAGAACCUGGAGAACAAAGAGAAGACUAAACCAGAGAAACACGUCUACUCCUCCAUAACUACGUGGGAGACGGUAGAGAGAGGACCAAGCGGAGAGUCAGAGGCCACCUACAUGACCAUGCACCCAGUUUGGCCUUCUUCCCCCAAAGCAUCCAGUUUGGCCCUCUCUUCAUUCAGAUCCAAGUAAUGUGGUUGAAAAAAAAAAAAAAAAAAAAAAGGCUUGGGAAAUUCCCAAAACAGAGCAAACUUUCUGAGAAGGAGAGACUCUUCGGUGGGCCACUUCCCUGGGGCCACUGUGCCAGCUAUUUUAGACUUGUGUUUUUCAGCUGGUCUCAGCCUCCAUCAAAGGCCUGAAGAUGGAGGGUUUGGAGUCCGACAGGAAGACUAAACUGCUCCAGAUAACCAGGCACUGAUGAGGGGAGAGAGACUGGGGACUUCUCCCAGAAGUGGUGUGCUGGUUGGUGAGAACGGGAAGCUGCCUACCCUACCUUCUACUUUCAAGCACUCCACUGGACCGGAUCUGUCAUGUGAACAGUGAUUUGCUUGCUUGUUUGUUUCUUUGUUUGUUUUUGUGGAUGAGCUCCUAAGAGACUCACAGAGAUAUAAACCAACAAAAACAAUUCUUUUGAUGAAUUAUCCCCAAAUAAGUGCGGUCUGUGGGAACCAUUUUUUUUUUUUUUUUUUUUUUUUUUUUUUUUUUGUCCCGGAUGAAGGGCGAGUGGGGGAAAUUUGAAGCAUGGCACUCCUGAGAAAGUGUCCUUUGAGGAGAGCCACAGUGGAUUCAACAUCUGUGGACUGGUUUAGUUCUGGAGGAAGGUUUAGGGGUAACAUGUUAGACAUGGGCUAUGAAAACAACUCUGGGAUUUCCUCAUGCUGGGAAUCUGUGUUGGGGGCUGAAGCUAGGCCUGUGGAGUUUGGACAUCCAUCUUUUUCAAAAGUCUUGAACAGGCUUGCCAAAGCAAAUGGCCAAUGAUUGAAUUCUUGGUCUGAAAUAUGAGAUUUCUAUACUUUUCAUUGUUAUCAUGAGAUUUAAAAGGGUUGAUCUUACUUAAAAAAAAUUUUUUUUAAAUGGGAGGGGUACUGGAGAAAUAGCUCAGCAGUUAAGAGAACUGGUUGCUCUUGCAGAGGACUGGGGUUUGAUGGCCAGCAUCCACAUGGUGGCUCAUAACUGUUUGCAACUCCAGUUCCCAGGGAGCUGACACCUUCAUCUGGCUUCUGUGGUCCAUCCCAUGUGCAUGGUACAUGGACAUACAUAUAGGCAAAACACCCGUACACAUAACAUUUUUUUAAAUGUUCAAUAAAAACUAAAUAAAAGUGUUGAUCUUAAAAA